GGGUAGCUCUAUCUACCAUUCUCUCCACUCUUUUGCUUAUAUACAUUAAAUAUUAUAGUGAAAAUGGGGUUGCAUGGAAAAUUGGUUGCAGCAAUAGAAUUCAAAGCUGGUGGAGAUGUCUUCCAUGAACUUUUCAAGCACAAACCAGAGCAUCUUUCCAAAGCUAGCCCUAUUAGGGUCCAAGGCUGUGAUCUCAUCCAGGGGCAAUUUGGUCAAGUUGGUGCCAUCAUCUGCUGGAGGUACACCCACGAAGGGAAAGAGAAGAAGGCGAAGCAAGUAAUUCGGGUGAUGGAUGAAGAGAAGAAGCUGAUUGAAUAUGAGAUGUUGGAGGGAUCCGACUUGUUGGAACUCUACAAAACAUUCGACAUAACCAUCCACGUCGAGACCAAGGGCGACAUCGACUUGGUGACGUGGACGUUGGAGUACGAGAUGCGCAAUGAUGAUGUGGAGCAUCCGAUGUCGAUGCUCUCGUACUUCAUCGACAUCACCAAAGACAUCGAAGAUCAUCACUUUGGCAAGCCAUGAGUGAUCCUUUCACUCUAGCUUGUUAAUUGUAUUUUCUAGUGUUGAAUAAUGUGUGAUUUAUAAUAAUGAAUAAGCCAUUGUGUUAAGAUGGGUGUUUAUUCCACCAAGAGGGGAGAAUUAAAGAGUGAGGAAAGAGAGGGAAAUGUGGUGGUGCUUUGUCUUCACAAGGUACUAUAGAUGGAAGAUGUAUGCCCUUCCAUUUGAUUGUGUGUGUUUUUUUAAGGUUAAUGCUCUUUAUGCUCUUGUGUAAUAUAAGGUGUGGUUGUUCUAUUAUUUGUAUGAUACUAUAACUUAUCUUUAUGUA